UGUCCUGCGCAGUCAUAUUUGACCCUUGAACUCGUACGCACUUUCUUCUUCCUCUUCCGGGGGUGGUGUUCAAAGGUGCUCACAAUGGUCCAGCGGUUGACAUACCGUCGUAGGCUUUCCUACAAUACAGCCUCUAACAAAACUAGGCUAUCCCGAACCCCUGGCAAUAGAAUUGUUUACCUUUAUACCAAAAAGGUUGGAAAAGCACCAAAAUCUGCUUGUGGUGUGUGCCCAGGCCGACUUCGUGGGGUUCGGGCUGUGAGACCUAAAGUCCUUAUGCGAUUGUCUAAAACAAAAAAACAUGUCAGCAGGGCCUAUGGUGGAUCCAUGUGUGCCAAAUGUGUCCGAGACAGGAUCAAGCGUGCUUUCCUUAUUGAGGAGCAGAAAAUCGUUGUGAAAGUGUUGAAGGCACAAGCACAGAGUCAGAAAGCUAAAUGAAAACAUGAAGCUUUUUUUUUUGGCGGCUAGCACGAAUGAAGUAUAUUAAGUCUCCAGCUCCUCAAGGUAAAAAGCUGUUUUGAAAAUGCAAAAGGCUUUUUUUGAGUAAUAAAAUAUUAAAAGGCUU